AUGGGUCCAUUUCUGGCUCUGGUGGCCCUGAUCGUCUCGGUCUUCUGUUCAAGUGUCAAUGCCAUUCCCACCAUCACUGCCGUCGGUUCCAAGUUCUUCACCAGUGAGGGCAAUCAGUUCUUCAUCAAAGGUGUUGCCUACCAGCUGGUCGAAGACGAUCCUCUCGUAAACACAACGCAAUGCAACCUCGAUGCUGCCCUCAUGAAGCAACUCGGAGCCAACUCGAUUCGUGUCUACCAUGUCGAUCCUGACGCAGACCAUUCUGGGUGCAUGAACGCGUUUGCCUCGAACAACAUCUACAUUUGGGUUGAUAUGGACAGCUUCAAAACGUACAUUCAACAGGCUGGCAUCCCUUCUUGGACUCAGAACAAGUCUGACUCUUACCGAGCUGUCAUGGACAAUUUUCAGCAGUAUGAUAAUACUGCUGGCUUUUUCGUGGGCAAUGAGGUGCUCAAUUCGAAUGCCGAUUCCGGUGCUGCACCAUACCUCCUCUCUGCCGCUGUUGAUCUCAAGAAUUACCGUGAAGCAAAGGGUUACCGCAAGAUCCCUAUUGGAUACUCGGCUACUGACACGGCCGUCCUUCGACCGAAUUUGCAGGACUAUGUCGUCUGUCGUCCUAAUGUUACGGAGCGACUGGAGUUCUAUGCUCUGAACAGCUACGAGUGGUGUGGAUCGUCUCCGAACUUCAAUACUUCCGGCUAUGUAGGGCUUCAGGCUAGUGCCGAAAACUAUCCCGUGCCAAUAUUCUUCUCAGAAGAUGGCUGCAAUACUGUACCACCACGCACCUUUAAUGACCAAGCCGCCAUCUUUGGACCAGAUAUGGUGGAUACAUGGUCGGGCGCGAUCAUCUACGAAUGGAUCCAAGAGACGAACAACUACGGCUUGGUGACGUAUGGCCCGCCUGGUGGUCAAGACCAAGGCUCUGUGGUUGUCGAUGGAUUCACACGCCAGGGGACUCCCACGCCUGUCCAACCUGACUUCAGCAAUCUCGCGUCACAAUGGUCCACGUUGAACCCGACCGGUAUCAAGUCGGCAGCUUACACACCAUCCACAACCGCACCCCUUUGCCCAAGUUCCACUGCAGGAGAAUGGACCAUUGAUCCUAGCUCACCCUUGCCCACCCUUGGGGCAGUGGGCGUCACACCAGUUUACCCAUCGUCGACCAGUGGUGGCCAUGCAAGCGAAACCUCUGGAGGUGCUGCUUCUGCCACUUCUUCUGGUGCAGCGAGCAGAACUGCGUCAGGCCCUCCCCUUUUGGACGGCGGACAGUUUGUGAGCACUGUGGUUGCCUUGAUGGCCGUCUGUGCUGGAUUCGUUUUCUGGCUGUAA